CAGCGUUCGUGGUUUACCGUAAAUUGUAUGCUUGGUGGGGGUUCUUGUAAUUUAGUGGGUGCUGUCAUGUAAUAAUUAUUUUUAACAAUUAACGACCACUUCGAAAGAUUGAUUUUCUGCUCCUUUUUUUCACCUGGGUGGAAAAGAAAUGAUCUUCCGAUAUUUGCCGGCGAACUGACCAUCAGAUUGAAAUUUCGUUCAACACAAUCAGAAAUCGGGUUGUGUGAAGUGAGUUCCGAGCAAUGCGACAUCACGAUGCCGGUCAUCGGAUGUAUUUGGCCGGAAUCUUUCAGUGAUGUCUACACCCAGCAGCCUCGAACUCAAGAUGACUAUACCUCAGGGUCGUUUGAAAGCAGAUCCCAUGUGUUCGUGUUCAUCAACAGAAACUGCAUCUCAGUCUCUUCCCAAAGAUGACCAGUUAAACAUGAAGAUGCAAGAAAUGAAGCCAUUUUGCAAGCCUCAAAGCAGCGAAAGAUCUCUUUCUCUCCAAGAUCUCUCCGACCGACCUCCUGAAGCUCACUUCAGCAGCAGCAGUAACAAAAAAUUGUUAGUUGCCGGCAGCCAGUUUCUUCCCGGUUUAGUCAUGCACCCUUCUACAAUGCAAACCUUCCCUCAGCCCGUCUUCUCCAGGACUCACCUACCCUUGUCGCCCUUACCUAUUCUCCCAGCUUAUACUAUGGCUGGAUGCGUCCAACAGUUCGGAACCACCUAUCCUUUCGUGCUUCCCGAUGGAAGCACGACCUCUUACAAAUCAUCCUCGUCUAAUGAUGCGUCUUCCCUAAAGACGACACGAUCAGACACGAACAAACCCCAAACCACUCUGUCACCUCAAAAAGCAACGCCUGGGCAGUCAACGGAAUCUUACAGAAGAACUAAAUUCGACUUUUCCAAAUUGGCUGAAUCCGCUACUUCAAAGGAUGAACCUCCUCCAGCCCACAGUCGUGCUGCCAGCGAGCCCAGAACUGGGCCCUUUGAGUCUCCUGGCACCACGAAAACGUCGGUGGCACUCAUAACAAGUCACACGUAUCCUUUCAUAUCUCCCUAUUACACUUUGGGUGCAAUGGGACUAGCUACGGACUACUUUGAGAGAAAGCUGGCCAGAGGGCGAGGUUCUUCGAGACCGAAGAAAGAGUUCAUCUGCAAGUAUUGUCAGAGGAGGUUCACCAAGUCGUACAAUUUGCUGAUUCAUGAAAGGACACACACUGACGAGAGACCCUACACUUGUGACAUCUGCCAUAAGGCUUUCAGACGACAGGAUCAUCUUCGGGAUCACAGGUACAUUCACUCUAAGGAGAAACCUUUCAAAUGCUCUGAGUGUGGUAAAGGAUUUUGCCAGUCUAGGACAUUAGCAGUGCAUCGCAUUCUUCACAUGGAGGAUUCGCCUCACAAGUGUCCUACCUGUGGCAGGACCUUCAACCAGCGCAGCAAUCUCAAGACUCACCUCCUGACCCAUACUGACAUCAAACCCUACAACUGCGAUUCUUGUGGCAAAGUCUUCAGGAGGAAUUGCGAUCUCAGGAGGCAUACCCUAACGCACACGCUGGGACUGCCCGAGGCCCCUUGCGAAGAAGGGCACGGGUCCCCAACCAACAGUUGCGAUCGUUAUUAUACCGGUGAGGACGACGAUGACGAUGACAGUCACUCCCAAGAAAUCGUCGACGUCGAAAACUAAGCCUCAAUCUUUCAAAAAUCGUAUCUGUUGAAUAGAUGGAAAGCAAUGAAAAAUUCUGUUCCUGGUUAAAGUUAUUAAUGUUAAUGAAAAUCCUUACAUCAAUUUUACUUAUAUAAAUAAUUUAUAUGAUUGAUCAAUAACUCUUGAAUGAAUAAUAAUAUGAAAAAACUCUCUAAUAUGAAAGAAGUUCCUUGUCAAAGAUAACUACCAUGUGAAAAAAAAUUUCAAAUUAAUAGAAGAAUAUUUGAAAAGACUGCUAAUAGCAGCAAAAGUUUAAAGCCAAUUGUAUUAACUAUUUAAUAUCAAAUUAUGCGUGAAAUUAUUGAUAAUAAUGAACAUUUAUCUCAUUUCUUCUCAUUUGAAAAUUCUGACUUAUUUAAACUAAAUUGAACAAUUUAGAUUUCCUUUCUUUCAUCCUUUUCUUUUUUUUUUUUUUUUUUUUUCUCCAUCAUGCUUUUUUUUCCUAUACAUGUGUGUCCGUGCGUGUGCGUGCCAUUAAUAAUUCUUAAGAAUUCAAUUUUGAGAAUAUUCACUUUCUAUAUGAAAAUUUAAAAUUCUAGUAUUUAAAAAU